UCAAAAGUGUGAGAAACAUUUGUGAACUUUUAUGAUAAAAAAAAAAAAAGAAGAGAGAGAAAGGAAAGAAUAUGACGAUUGAGAAGUGCAAUUAUUGAAGGAAGAAUAAAGGUGCAGCGUGAGAUUUCUUGCUGCUAUCCUGCAGAAUGAGAAAUUUUUUAAAAUGAUUGAUAAAUUCAAGAAUGGAAGAGACGUUGAAAGGAAAGAACUGAUAGUUGCAAUUCUGAGAAAUGAUAACAUUGACGAAACAAGACUUCCAUGGAUUUCCCCGGAUCUUUAUCUGGGACAAGAAGGCGAACACGGACAAGGGGAGGGAGACAGAGACAUUUGUUUAUACGAAUCUAAUUUCGCGUAAGAGGAGGAUCAUCUUCGUCUCAGCGGCACCGGCAAAUAUCAGAGCACAACAUAAUAAUGUGUCCUAGACAGAAAUGUAAACGCGACGGAAGAUACGCGCGUGGGUAUGCCCCUGAUUUGUCGAAAGAGGUGGGAGCACGUGUCACUGUUGCCGCGAGCACGCCGAGAAAGCACGCGAUAUAUUAGUCUUCGGCGGGCGUACUCGCGAGAUCGGCCGUCGCACCGACAGCAGCGAUUUCCUCGAUCGUCGUCAUCACCAUCCGGAGUCCGCGUCCCGUAGAUCGGCCGAUGAUCGCCAUGACGAGACACACGACUUUCCAACUUCUGAUACUGUGCGCCUUUGCGUUCAUCAUCGGCCAAUCACGGACAAUUCCACACGUUGACGACGUUAGCGCCAAUGACACCGACACCGAGGAGAUCGUCAGGAAACCGUUCUCCUUGGAGGAGGCGUACCUCCGUCUCUUUCACUCGUUCGGCUUCAACGGCAGCUGGAUCUCCGAUGACGAAUUUAUCGUUGGAAACAUGCUCACGGGCGACAUUACUCUUACCAACGUAAAAACAGCGGAGACGAAAGAGUUUUUCAACGGAACAGAUUUACCACUGUCAUACAAAAUUAGCAUGGCAACUAUUUCGGCCGACAGACAGUACAUUCUCUUUGGUUAUAAUAUUAGACAAGUGUUCAGAUACUCGACCGUUAGAAACUACGUGGUGUACGACAUGAAGAACGGUACAUUUCAAGAAAUAGCGAAUGAAGCCUUUAUCUCGCUGGCAUUGUGGUCACCGAUCGGCAGUGAUUUGAUUUACGUUCUCGAUAAUGAUAUUUAUCAUAUGACUUUCAAUGGCAGUGAGAAUGUAGUACGAAGAUUGACGACGGACGGCGAAUCCGGAAUCUUUUACAAUGGAAUUCCAGAUUGGGUAUACGAAGAGGAAGUAUUCGCAAACCCGACCGCGAUGUGGUAUUCACCGAAUGGAAAGCAUCUGGCCUUUGCAACCUUCAAUGAUACUGUAGUAAAGGACAUGGCAUAUUUUCAUUAUGGCGCCCCAGGCUCUCUUGAGGACCAAUAUCCCACGGAAGUGAAGAUAAAGUAUCCUAAGACAGGUACACCGAACCCGAUAGUAUCUUUAUCAGUAAUCGAUUUAAGCGAUCCGUCGUCAAAAGCAGUCACAUUGGAAGCGCCUGUUGAUGUAGUUGGCAGUGACCACGUUCUCUUCACCGUGAGCUGGUGGGACGAGACACACGUGAUCGCGACAUGGACGAAUCGCGUGCAAAACCAAUCUCAACUGGUUAUGUACGACACGCAGGGUUCUGGUAAUCCGAUUUUGUACGACGAGGAGACUGAGGGCUGGCUCCAGCCGAAUCGCCCCAUAAAAAGCGGUACUUACGCGUUGCUCUUACGACGGGAGGAUUCCGGCACCAGUGCCGGCAGAUUUCGUCAUAUAAACAGGUACAAGUACGAGGGUGGCCAGUUCACGUCGCCGGUGGAUUUAACGCCCGGUCCCUCCGAGGUUCACACGAUCCUGGCCGUCGAUUCGGUCAGAGGCAGGGUUUACUAUCUCGCCACGGCGCCGGGUGAACCGUCCCAGAGGAAUUUGUAUUCGGUGCCUCUGGACGCAAGCCAGAAACCGACUUGCAUAUCCUGCGAGGUGCUCACGCCGGAAGGAAACAGAUGCACCUACGCGACCGCGUCCUUUUCACUUCUCAGAUCCUAUUACAGCCUCAUCUGUUCCGGGCCCGACCCGGCCACGGUGACGAUCAACGACGCGAAUCAUCAGCCAGUCUUGACUUGGAAGCUCAACGAGAUGGUGAGGACUCUCUUGUCGCGACGAUUGAUACCGCAACGAAAAGAUUUCAACGUUACCGUGAAUGGCUACGACGCCAGGGUCAGGUUACUCCUGCCGCCAGAUUUCGACGAAAACGAAACGUAUCCCUUAUUGGUAUUUGUCUACGCCGGCCCGAACACGGUCAGGAUCGUCGACGAAGGCAAAUUCGAGUACGACCAUUACAUUACGACCAACCGACGUGCGAUUUACGCAUGGAUCGAUGGACGAGGAUCAGCUUUCAAGGGUAGCAAAAUGCUUUUCGAGAUAUACCGCAAUAUGGGCACCGUCGAAGUCGCCGAUACGAUCGCUGUCACCGCAAUUCUGCAGAAACAAUAUAAAUGGAUCGACGCGAACAGAACUGGUAUAUGGGGCUGGAGCUACGGCGGCUUCACCACCGGCAUGGUAAUGGCGACGGAUACCGCCUCCGUCUUCAAGUGCGGUAUAUCCGUCGCGCCUGUGACUUCGUGGAUCUAUUACGAUUCCAUCUAUACGGAACGAUUCAUGGGAUUGAUAGAGGACAACCUCGGCGGUUACAAUCGCACAGAUAUCUCGCGACUGGUGGGGGGAAUACGCGGCAAAAAGUACAUGUUGAUACACGGCACCGCGGACGACAACGUGCACUACCAGCAGGCGCUGGCGCUCGCCAAGUCGCUGGAAUAUAAUGACAUCCUGUUCGAGCAAGUCACGUACACGGACGAGGCGCACUCUCUCGAACACGUAUCCCCUCACCUCUAUCAUACAAUGGACAAAUUUUGGGGCGAGUGCUUCGGCUGGGGUCGUGCUCGCUGAUCUAGGGGCCCGUUCUAGGCGUCGCCGGACGAGAGAACGUCGUCUUCGCAGCGACAAAUUCGUCGUCUUCGCUGAGCGCCAGAUCUUUACGACGCGAGAAACGCACAUGGCCGAGGAAUCGAGGAUGAUUAUCGAAAAGAAACGUGUGAUUUUAUUCAGAUCGUUGACAUGGAAAAAUUACCCUACGUGUAUUUGCUAUUGUUAAUAUCGUCAAAGAGCUUAUCGUUAAAAUUAAGGGCAGCUAUUUUGAAGUAGUUUGCCUUAAAAUUAAAUCUAAAGAUAUCGAUGGUGGCAAUAAGUAAACAUUUCAUAAUAAUCUUUUUAUUAACGAAAUCACACGCAUAAAA